AUGGCCAAGAAUUGUCGAUACAAUAAAGAUAAGGGAGCGAAAAAAGGCAAGGAGGAAGAAGUGAACCUUGCACGCCAAGAUUCAGAUGAUUAUGAAGAUAUGGUGGUUAUGGCUACAGUUGCAGCUGACCAUGUCGACUCCAAGAUCUGGUUCCUCGACUCGGGAUGCUCGAAUUACAUGACUGGUCAAAAAGUGUGGUUAGAAGAUUUUGACUCGUCGAAGAAGAGCAAGGUCAGACUUGUUGAUAAUAGCUCGUUGCAAACAGAAGGUACUGGCAACAAAGUUAUUCAAAGGAGUAAUGGAGGAAAAGCAACGAUCAAAGAGGUACUCUAUGUACCUGGAAUGAACUGCAAUCUGCUAAGUGUUGGAUAA